AUGGCAACAAAAGACUUAUCAAGUGGAAUAUAUCAUUGCAAGAAAUGCAUGCAGGAAGACAAUAACCGCAUGGUGCAAUGCAAUCGAUGCUGUUCCUGGUAUCAUUUCGACUGCGUUGGAGUAAUAAACGAGAAAUCUGAGAACAGCUGGAACUGCGACUGCGUCAACGUGUCAUCGGAAGUCAUCACAACCAUAUUGAGCAACGCCCUGCAGAACCUCGGAAAUACCACACGAGCAGGCGAACCUCAGGCUACUUCGUCACCAGCAAAACCAACGGCGCCGCUACCAGAACCGGAUCGGGACUUUGGAAUAUGCCCUCCAAAAAUAUUCCCGGACACAGCUAGGACGGCUGUUCUGGCUGCAUCGUACUAUCCAGAAAGUAAAGUGCAAAUGGACAUAGACCUAAACACAGCCAUACCAAGCGCGGCACAACAUGCAGCCCGUCAAGCGAUACCGAAAGAGCUUCCAACAUUUGAUGGCAAUCCUCAGAACUGGCCUCUAUUCUACAGUAGUUUUCAGACAAGUAUGGAAAUCGCUGGGUAUACGAAUGCAGAAAAUCUUAUGCGGCUGCAAGCUAGCCUGAAGGGAAAAGCACAGAAGGUCCGGCUUGUAUGGGACGCAGCCGCCCAAUCCGGCGGCAAGGCCCUGAAUGACUACAUCUGGAGUGGUCCAGAUCUCCUAAACUCCCUGUUUGACCUCUUACUCUCAUUCCGAGUAGGACGAGUGGCGAUCUGUGGCGAUAUCGCCGAGAUGUUCCGAGAUGUGUUAUAUCGAUUCUGCCCACAGUACCCUCAAGCAGCACAAGCCAUGAAGGACUACCACUACGUGGAUGAUUUUAUAUACAGCGGCGACAACUACGUGGAAGUCGGAAACAUCGCAACUCAAGUCAGAGACAUCCAUGCAGCAGGUGGUUUCCACAUACGCAAUUGGUCUUCAAACUCAAAGGAGGUCCUACGAAUACUAAAGAGCGAUUCGCUACUCCCCGAAGCUGUCGAAAUUACCGCAACAGAAAAGGUACUCGGCUUAUAUUGGAUGCCGAACUCCGACGUAUUCACAUUCAUCUGCAAGUUCGCCAGGCUGAAGCGCAACGUUUUAGACAGUGACAAAACACCAACCAAACGCGAGCUCUUGCAAGUACUUAUGUCAAUGUACGACCCACUCGGCUUCAUCUCAUGCUUUACAAUAGAGCUGAAAAUCCUACUGCAAGAAGUCUGGAGAAGCGGCAUUGGCUGGGAUACUGGUUUGCCCGACGCAUUGUUACCCAAAUGGAUACGAUGGAAACGGAUCCUUACAACAAUCGCCGGAUUGACCAUCCCGAGAUGUUAUUUCAACAGCAGCGAUCAAAUCCAUGAUUUCCAGUUACACACGUUCGUAGACGCCAGCGAAUUGGCAUACGCAGCAGUCUGCUACCUUCGGAUACGCCAGGGGGAAAGAACCUACCUCAGCUUCGUGGCCUCCAAGGCGAAAGUUGAGUCACCGUUGAGUCCACUAUCUAUACCAAGGAUGGAACUGCAGGCCGCAGUUAUCGGAGCAAAGCUGAGUAACCGAAUCCAACGCAAUCCAAGUUUGUCAAUUAACUCGAGUUGUUAUUGGUCCGACUCAAAGACUGUUCUCAAACGGCUUCGUAUGGAUCCACGAAAGUUUCAGCAAUUCGUCAUGCACCGCGUGGGCGAAAUACUGGAAUUCACAAACGAUCAACAGGAGUGGCCAAAAUGCGAUGAUUUGGGGCCACCAAACAAUGCUGAAGUCAGGCAUAACAUACUCUUCAUCGACAAUUCGCCGAUGGAGCUAAAACUUAACGCGGAAUAUUUUUCCGACUGGCGCAGGCUAUAUCGAGCUUUAGCGCGCUUCAUUCUCUACAUUGAGAAACUGAAAGCGAAACAAAAUAAGGCAUCGCCACCUACAGAGGUGUCUUACGAGAUGAUUCAGCAGGCACGCACACUCCUACUGCGGCAUGCGCAGUCAUCUGAACCAGAAAUUCGCAACUUAACGAGAGAUGAAAACCAGCUCCUAUGCACCCGAGGGCGAGCAGAAAACCUAAACGGCCAAAACCAAAUACUGCUCCCAUAUGGGCACCACAUUACUCGGCUCAUAGUGAACUGGUAUCAUCACGAAAUGCACCACACAUCCCAUGGGACGUGUAUUAACAGGAUUCGAGGCAUGUUUUACAUAUCACGUCUACGAGUCUUAUACAAAGGCAUGCGGAAGUCUUGCCAACGCUGUAAAAAUGAGAGCGCCAUGCCUGUUCUACCGCAAAUGGCUCCCUUGCCCAUCGCCAGGCUGGCUGCCUACCAACGUCCCUUCACUUACGUCGGUAUCGACUACUUCGGGCCCUUCUUGGUUGCUGUAGGACGGCGAAGCGAAAAAAGAUGGGGCGUUAUUUUCACCUGCCUCACCAUACGGGCAGUGCAUAUACAACUGGCGUGCUCUUUGGACACUGCAUCGUGCAUAAUGUGCAUCCGAAACUUCAUCAAUCGGCGCGGGACCCCGAGAGAAAUUUACAGCGACAAUGGCACUAACUUCAAAGCUGCUGAAAAGAUUAUCUGUGACAAAGCGCAGACGAUCAACUUCAACGCCGUGCAACCGGCGUUCGAUGACAUCAAAUGGAAAUUUAAUCCACCAGCCGCUCCUCAUAUGGGGGGAGCAUGGGAGCGACUUGUUCGUUCCGUCAAGACUGUACUCUACGCAAUCUGCCCAGCGAGAAAAUUCACCAGCGAGGGCCUACAAAGCGCACUCUGGGAAGUGGAAUUCAUCCUAAAUUCCAGACCGCUUACUUUUGUCUCUCUGGACAGCAAAGACGACGAGGCUAUCACCCCUAACCAUCUACUACUAGGAUCAGCAAACGGCUAUAAACCAGUCUUCGAAACCACACAUACCGUACAGCACAUGUGGCAAGCUGUACAAGAAUUCGCCGAUCAAUUCUGGCGACGAUGGGUACGCGAAUACGUUCCAGAUUUAGCCAGGCGAGGAAAAUGGUUUACGAAGAGACCACCAAUAGCAGCUGGAGACGUCGUUGUAAUAUUGGACGAGACUCUGCUCCGAAAUAGAUGGCCAAAAGGUAUAGUCGAGCAAACAAUCCUGGCCAAAGACAACCAGUAUCGCGUAGCCUACUGGGCGGACUCCGAGAUCCUUUAG